AUGGAGUCUCUAGAAUGUUCAUCGGUUAGUGAUCUAUCCUCUGGAUAUACCUCUACUACAGAUGGGCAAGCCAUGGAUGCACCAGAAGAACAAGUACAGGAAGCUCUGAGUCACCUAAACCAGUCAAUUGAAGCCUUUAAUGCUGGACUUCAGAUGAUUCCAUGCUCCAUGGCUGGUCAGGAACAUGAAGUGUUUAAGAAUUACAGAGAGACAGAUAAUUCUUUGUCAGCUGGCAUCUGCCUAAAUCCUGCUAACCUGCCAGUGUGUAAAAAAUUGAUUGCCCACAAACAAAUGACCUACAAUUCCCUGGAUGCCAUGCCAAGGCAUGAACAUUAUGUCAACUCUGUAGCCCCCGGAAGACUGAAAAGAAGUCGUCCAUCCCUUGAUGUUCUUCGCAAUGCCAUAGUGGAUGAACAGCAAAUUGUUCCAGUCAACUUGGAUCAAGAUGUAGAAAUCUGUGACAAAGACAAGCUUGAAUUACAGGAACAGACAGAUGAGAAGAAAAAUAAGAAAAAGACUGAUGGAGGACCUGUUCGGUUUGGAUGGGUCAAGGGUGUUAUGAUCCGGUGCAUGCUAAAUAUCUGGGGAGUCAUCUUAUACUUGAGGUUACCAUGGAUUACGGCACAAGCUGGAAUAGGUCUCACGUGGCUGAUCAUUUUGAUGUCUGUGUUAGUGACAUCUAUCACCGGUUUGUCCAUUUCUGCCAUCUCUACUAAUGGAAAAGUUAAAUCAGGUGGAACGUACUUCCUCAUAUCUCGAAGCCUGGGACCAGAAUUAGGAGGUUCUAUUGGACUCAUAUUUGCAUUUGCCAAUGCAGUUGCAGUUGCCAUGCACACGGUGGGCUUUGCAGAAACAGUUAAAGAUCUCCUUAUUGAAUAUAAUGCUGUGAUUGUUGACCCUGUCAAUGAUAUCAGGAUCAUCGGUGUUAUUACCGUGACAGUUCUUCUCUUCAUUUCACUAGCUGGAAUGGAGUGGGAGGCAAAGGCACAAGUAGUGUUCUUUUUCGUCAUCAUGGUGUCUUUUGUUAGCUACCUAGUGGGGACCUUCUUACCUCCCAGUGAAGAGAAACAGUCAAAAGGAAUUUUCAGUUACCAAGGGUCAAUCUUCUUGGAAAACAUUGUUCCCAACUGGCGUGGGGAAGCUGGAACAUUUUUUGGAAUGUUUUCUAUAUUCUUUCCAUCUGCUACUGGCAUCCUUGCUGGUGCAAACAUCUCAGGGGACCUUAAGGACCCAGCCGUGGCCAUACCAAAAGGAACAUUGAUGGCCAUUUUCUGGACUACUGUGUCAUACCUUGCUAUUUCAGCUACCAUCGGAUCCUGUGUCCUCCGUGACGCCUCUGGCAUUGUAAAUGACACAAUACCUUUUAAUGAUACAGAAUGCGAGGGACUCAGCUGUCAGUUUGGCUGGGAUUUUAGUGAAUGUCGACAAAAUGAAACCUGCUUCUACGGCCUAGCAAACCAUUAUCAGGCAAUGAGUAUGGUAUCUGCAUUCAGUCCCCUCAUCACUGCUGGAAUCUUUGCAGCCACUCUGUCCUCUGCGCUGGCCUGCCUGGUGUCGGCUCCCAAAGUAUUCCAGUGUCUGUGUGAGGAUAAGCUAUACCCUUUUAUUGGAUUCUUUGGGAAAGGUUAUGGGAAGAAUAAUGAGCCUAUCCGUGGAUACCUUUUGGCUUUUUUUAUUGCCAUUGCAUUUAUCCUUAUUGCUGAGCUAAACACAAUCGCCCCCAUUAUUUCCAAUUUCUUUUUGUGCUCCUAUGCCCUUAUCAACUUUAGCUGCUUCCAUGCGUCCAUCACCAAUUCUCCAGGAUGGCGGCCAUCAUUCCGUUACUACAGCAAGUGGACCUCCCUUUUUGGUGCUGUGGUGUCAGUGGUUAUUAUGUUUCUCCUCACAUGGUGGGCAGCUAUCAUUGCUGUCGGGAUCAUUGUCAUACUCCUAGGUUAUGUUACCUACAAAAAGCCAGAUGUGAACUGGGGAUCUUCUGUGCAGGCCGGAGCUUACAGUAUGGCACUUACUUACAGUGUGAGCCUGACUGGAGUACAAGAACAUGUUAAGAACUUUAGGCCACAGUGUCUUGUACUGACCGGACCCCCCAAUUUCCGUCCUGCCCUGGUUGACUUUGUCAGUUCUCUAACAAAGAAUACAAGUUUGAUGAUCUGUGGGAAUGUUGUUACUGACUCAGACAAGGUACCAGACUCAGAGGGACACCUCCGGUGGUUAAAUACUAGAAAAGUGCGAUCAUUUUACAGUGUGAUUCAGGAAAGGACAUUAGGAGCUGGAGCCAAAAGUCUUAUGCAGGUCUCUGGUCUUGGUCGUCUAAAGCCAAACACUGUGGUUCUGGGUUAUAAGAGUAACUGGCAAAGCGUUCCAGGGCAGUGCUUAGAAGAAUAUGUGGGCAUCAUUAACGACGCCUUUGACUUUCAGUUUGGUGUGUGUAUUCUACACCUAAGGGAUAGUCUUGAUGUGUCCCAGAAGAUGCAGGGGCAAUAUAACUUAGCAUUCCAGGAUUCAGAUGAUGAAGUCAUAUCCGACAAAGAAACAGAAAACGAGACUCCCACUAUGGUGCCAGAGAUUAUAACUCAAACUAACACUGAAUUCCAGGGCCACAAGGGCAAGAAAAGCAUCCAUAUUUACUGGUUGUAUGAUGAUGGAGGUCUCACCCUUCUCAUCCCUUACUUACUGACUCGGAGAAAACGUUGGUGCCAAUGCAAAGUACGAAUCUACAUAAGAGGAACAACAGAGAAUGCAGAAGAAGAGAGAAAAGAAAUGCAGAUACUGCUAGAAAAAUUCAGGUUGGGAUUCCAAGAUGUUGUAGUGCUUACAGACAUUGACCAAAAGCCCCAUCCCAAAAACAUGCAGUUUUUUGAGGACCUCAUUGCUCCAUAUAUUAUUGAUGACCAGAGGGAGAAUAGACUAGAGAGUCCUCCUUGGAGUAUCAGUGAAAAUGACCUUCUAAACCACACAGCCAAGUCUGAACGAUAUGUCAGAAUAAAUGAGAUCCUCCAGCAAAACUCUCAAGAUGCUGCUCUUAUCGCAAUAAGCCUUCCGAUUGGCAUCAAAUCAGCCUGUCCCAGUUCUCUCUACAUGGCCUGGCUUCAAAGCUUAUCUCGAGACAUUGUGCCACCAAUUGCCUUCAUCCGUGGUAAUCAGCAGGACUCGCUCACAAUAUACUGCCAAUAAUCCUGGGAGAA